GCCAGUCACAAAAUGACGCUACAACCAUUUACAAAAACAAACUAACCUCCAAAACACCACCGAAAAGCCGCAAAACAAACCGCACAGAAUCAUCAUUAAAACUAAGUAAAACUUAUAUUUUAUAAUGUCGGGGAUGUUGUACGGAGGAGACGAGAUCGGUGCGCUCGUCUUCGACCCCGGCCACCACUCACUACGCAUAGGCUACGCUCAAGAAGACACCCCGAAGGCAGAAAUCCCCGCUGUGGUCGGCGUGGCCCCCGACCACUCGCCAAAAAUCGAACAGGAAGCAAAACAAGAUCCUUCUAAUAUUUCUACUACACCACCAGCAUGGAAAUACUACAUCGACACCACUUUCCUGCACACGCCGCGCCCCAACAUGGAUUUACAUUCAUACAUGAAGGAUGGCAUGAUUGAAAACUGGGAACUAUUUGAAAAAGUGAUUGAUUAUGCUUAUUCAAAGAUAAUUCAAUCUGAUAGUGAGUAUCAUCCGGUGUUGUUUAGCGAAAGUCCGUGGAAUCAGCGUCCGAAACGCGAGAAACUAAUGGAGAUUAUGUUUGAAAAGUAUAAAGUACCUGCAUUUUUUCUUGUAAAGAAUGCUGCUCUGGCUGCAUUUGCAAAUGGUAGAUCCACGGCGUUGGUGAUAGACAGCGGCGCGACGCAUACGUCUGCUGUGCCGGUUUUAGACGGAUAUGUUAUUAGUAAUGCUGUGGUGAAGUCACCACUAGGUGGAGAUUAUCUCAUUUUAAGAGCUAGGGAGAUGUUGGAGAGUAUGGGGAUUGAUUUGACGCCGUCAGCCUUGAUUCAGACGAAAGAUGUUAUUCGCGAGAAGGAUAAGCCGAAAUUUGCGAAGAAACCAUUGAAUUUCACGCCGACGAAUACGUGGUCAUCGUAUAUGACCAAGAAAACCGUUCAGGACUUUCAACAGACUGUAUUACAGGUUUAUGAAACACCGUAUGAUGAGCGAGUUGCUGCAGCGAUCCCAAGUGUUCACUACGAAUUCCCCACAGGUUUUCAUCAGGACUUUGGUCCGGAACGUUUUAAACUCGCCGAAGGAUUAUUUGACCACGCCAUGUUAGGUGCUGGCAAUAUCGCCGCAACAAGCGCUGGAAUGUGUGACGUCGACGUUCGUCCAGCCCUAUAUAGUUCUGUAGUCCUCACAGGAGGUAACUCUUUAGUACAAGGUUUCAGUGACAGAUUGAGUCGUGACAUUUCAUCGCGCAUGCCCGGCUCGAUGCGACUGAAAAUGAUCGCUGCUAAUGGAACAGUCGAGCGCCGUUUCGGCGCGUGGGUAGGUGGAUCAAUUCUCGCGUCGAUAGGUACCUUCCAGCAGAUGUGGGUGUCGAUGCAGGAGUACCAAGAGUCUGGUAAGGUACAGAUCGAUCGUAAGUGUCCUUAAUCACAACCGGCAUACCUCACAUCAAACAUGGGAUCAUCUCAAAACGAUACAAUACGCCACCUAGUGGUGGCGAUGAGUAAGUAAUUUUUAUCAACGGUAAUGACGCGAUACGAUACGAAUUUCCUUUUUAUAUCUGAUUAUAAACCUUAAUUUAAGCUUAGAAUUAAACGCUAGAUAUAGAACAUGUGGAAAAGUAACAAAUGUAUAGUGGAUUAAAGUGAUUUUUGUAAGUA